AUGGUGACCUUUUCUGAGACAACGCAAGUCUCCCCGAUGGAGCUCUGCGAGCCACCCUGCAUGACGGCAGCCCUGUCCCCCGGGCUGCGGAGGAAAAAAAUGCUGUGGCAGAAUGCUGUGAAACACAUCAUGAUCCAGCAGGAGCUCAGCGCCCAGGUGGGAGUGGAGCCGGCACAAAAGAUCUUUGUGACGGAUGCCUACAUGGAGGAAAUCAACAAGCAAAUCCGCAACAAGGCCUCACGCGGGGUCACAAAACGUCGCUCCUCCACCUUCAGGAUGCACUCAUCCCAUCCCCGUGGUUCCACCAGCACACAAAACAGCGUCAGAGCGUCUUUUCAUGACUACGCCAGCGAUGCCGACUUCUUCCUGCACUGGGGCCACACAAUUCGAGGAGUCUACAUACCCACCCUGAGGCACACCUUCAAGUCUCGUGACCUGGAGAAACUUUACCAGCAACAUUAUUCCCACCAACGGCGCAACUCUCUGGCCAUCAGUAAUGUUAUUGACGCAGUGGCAAAGCUACAUGUACUGGUGCUGUACCUGGGGCUGGCCCCUGAGCCGGUCACUGACACUCUGCGUGGCUGUCUCACCGGAGUGUUCAUGGUGUUAGCUAUAGCACUGUGCAACAUAGUGCUAACCUGCAAAGACUCCAUUUCCCCACGGUGGCUUCACUUCGCUGGCCUGGCUAGCUGGUUGUCACAGACCACACAGGUGCUGGGAGGACUGGUAUAUGGACUGGAAAAAGACCCUUCGUGGUAUGUUCUGUACACGUUAUUCGCCACAUACACCCUGCUGCCGUUACCUCUGCUGUGGGCCAUGUGCGCUGGCUCCCUCACCUCAAUACUUCACCUUCUGGUGGAGAUAGUGCACUACUACAAUGAUGCGCUGCUUUUGAGAACGGUGUUUGCAAAAGGUCUGCUUUACCUGGGUAUGAACACAGCUGGUUUGUUCAUUCAUUACCUCACAGACCAUGCCCAGAGACAAGUUUUUCUAGAGACGAGGCGCUGCAUCGAAGGUCGUGUCAAACUAGAGCAAGAGAACCAAAGACAGGAGCGUCUUGUGCUGUCGAUCCUGCCUCGCUUUGUUGCCUUGGAGAUGAUUGCUGACAUGAGCUCUUUGGAAGAUGAACUCAAUCCUCAUGAGUUUCACAAGAUUUAUAUCCACCAGUACAAAGAUGUCAGCAUCCUUUUUGCGGACAUAAAAGGCUUCACUCUGUUGUCCAUGAACCUGUCAGCUCAGGAUCUUGUCAGAACCCUCAACGAGCUCUUUGGACGCUUUGACCGACUGGCAGAAGAGCACCACUGCCUUCGGAUAAAGAUACUGGGAGACUGUUACUACUGUGUGUCAGGGGUUCCUGAGCCACAGCGUGCACAUGCCCGUCAUUGUGUUGAGUUGGGCCUGGCUAUGAUCAGCACCAUACAGUAUGUGAGGCAGCAGCUGAACUUUGACAUGGACAUGAGGAUUGGGAUCCACUCGGGCUCUGUCCUGUGUGGGGUGCUGGGCCUGCAAAAAUGGCAGUUUGAUGUCUGGUCAUGGGACGUGGGCAUUGCCAACAUGCUGGAGGCUGGGGGUAUACCAGGACGCAUCCACAUCUCAAGGGCCACACUGGACUGUCUUGAGGGCAUGUACAAGACAGAAGAUGGUCAUGGACGGGACAGGAAUGAGUUUCUGCAGAAGCACAACAUCGACACGUUCCUCAUCUGCGCUCAGGAGGAAAAAAACAAGGUUGAACAUGUCGAGCCCCUCAAAGUGCAGAAAACAAAUCGGACCUGGCACCAAGACAUGCCAUUUGGAAACAUCAUGGACAUGAACAGUAUUCUUGCCUCAUUUACAAACGGCUCGCUGCCCAACAUAUGGCAGUCUUCCUCCAAGGAGAUCAACAAACGCAUCAAACAAGCGAUUGAGGUUCAGAGCAGUGAGCGGAUGCACAGGGAGCACAUCACUCCACUGACCCUGGUGUUCAAAGACACUCACAUAGAGGACAAGUUCUGCCAGAUGAGAGAUGAAAUGUUCAACUCCAACCUGGUCUGCUCCUUCAUCUUGCUGCUCUUCCUCAUGGCUACGCAGGCCCUCGUUCCUGCACCCAGGCUGUUUCCAGCUGUGCUUCAGUUCUCAGUCUUCCUGCUUGCCUACAUGCUGCUUCUACUUGUAGCUCUGGCUGAGGAGUUCAAGUGUGCUCCUGCAGCGCUGCAGCGGUUCUGCUGCUGGAUCCACGAAAACAACAGUGCCCGUAACCUCCUCACCCUCACCGCCAUCUUAAUUAACUUUGGCUUAGUCUCCACUGACAUGGUGUGGUGCAUCCUCACAGGCGCAGGAGAAGCUGAUAUAAUAGACAGGAUGAAUACAGCCUCACGUCCAUUCACCCUCUGCAAUCAUCCUGAGGUGUUUGUACUGAGCGGCGUGAUUGCCAUGGUGACCUGUGCUGUGUUCCUGCGUCUAAACUCUCUGCUGAAGCUGACUGUGUUGCUGCUGGUGGUGGCCGUCUACUCCUACCUCAUCCAUCUGGCCUUCCUCUCACUCACGCGCCACGAUGUGCUGCACGGGUCUCACUACUUCAGGAGAAAAGCAAUUUCUAUCCUUCUCAUGCUCAUGUUUAUUGUCGCUGUCUUCUACAACGGACGGCAGUGGGAGGCCACUGCCAGGCUGGACUUCCUGUGGCGUCUGCAGGCCCAACAGGAAGUGGAAGACAUGAUGGAAUUGCGGGAACACAACGAGUGUCUGUUGCACAACAUCCUGCCUUUGCAUGUGGCACGACAUUUUCUUGACAGGAGCAAAUACGAUGAGGAGCUUUACUCACAGUCCUAUGACGAAGUGGGUGUCAUGUUUGCCUCCAUCGCUGGAUUCAACGAGUAUUUUGAGCAGAAAGAGAUCAAACACGAGGGAGUGGACUGUCUUCGGCUGCUGAAUGAGAUCAUUGCUGGCUUUGAUGAGUUACUAGAGGAGUCUUACUUUCACUUUGUGGAGAAGAUAAAGACCAUUGGGAGCUGCUACAUGGCAGCGUCUGGCUUAGCUCCAGACAGACAGGCAUCUAUGGAUCAAUGGAAUCACUUGAGUGAGCUGGUUUUGUUUGCGUUGGCAAUGCAAGAGACCCUUAGAGAAAUAAACAGGCUGUCUGCCAAAAACUUUAAGCUGCGUGUGGGUAUAGCCCAUGGUCCGGUGGUUGCGGGGGUGAUAGGUGCCACAAAGCCGCAGUACGACAUCUGGGGGUCAACGGUGAACCUGGCCAGCCGUAUGGACAGCACAGGUGUGAGCGGACGGAUCCAGGUACCCGAGGCCACACGCAAGAUCCUGGCCGAGUGGGGUUUCAUCUUAGAGCUAAGAGGAGAAAUCUUUGUCAAAGGCGUGAGCGAGACUCAGGGAAAAGUCCGCACGUACUUCAUCAGCACCAUGCGCAGCAAGCGGGCCAAUGUGGUGACAGAUGGUCGCACGGGGGGUCGGACGGGAGGACGCAUGACGCUCGCAGGGGUGGUGUUUGGUCUGGUCCAGGCCAGAAACAAGGAAAAGAUAAGAGAGUCCAACACGGGGUUCAGUCUGGCUCCCUGCUCCAUGCAGUGCUGAUGGAGGGGAUGUUUAAGGUCACAUGACAACAGGAUAGAGGAAGACCUAUACUGUACCUUACACUUUCCCCAAAUAGCAUAGCUGCACAGACACAGAAGAGUUAGGCUGUUUCCUCCACAGCUGUGUC